UCAAGUAAAUACAUCGUGACUAAUGUUUUAACAAAAAAGAUGCGUAUCUUGGAUACCACGACACAAAAAUUUAAAUUUAGUCAUAUUUUCAAAAAUUCAUUUAUUUAGCGGUAAUAAAUAUUACCGCAGAAUUUAUAUUAAUCAAAAUCAAAAUAAUUAUGUUUUGAACGUGAAAAUUUUUGACCGAAUAUAUACACCGAAAAUUCAAAAUGAAAUGUGUGACAUAAAUUAUCGAAACUUUGCGCCGGUUCCGGAAAGUAAAUGCCCAGUUGCGUAGAAACACUAAUGGCGUGAACGUGAAAAAACUUCAAAAGUCGUCUGUCAUUCGAUCUCGAAAUGGGUGAUGCAAGCAAUGUCUUCGGCUUUGAACUUGUGCAAGAAAUAUACAAUAAUCAGAUCACAAGAAAAGAAGAUGUUUUAAUAUUAUUUGUUCAUUGGUAUCUUAUAAGGCAUGGAUUCAGAUGUAUUGGAAUCGGCGAUUCUAAAGCAUUUGAGCCAACAGAUAAAGGAUCACAAUUACUUCCAGAAGAAUGGAAUACACGUCCAAAUUACACAUUACGUUAUAUAAAUAACAGCAAAUUGUUCAUAUUUCAUGGUGUAAAGUCUGAUGAAGAUCUACUUAUAAACCUAUUGAGAGUUGACAAUCAGAAUGUAUCCAGUCUUCAGUUUCCAAUUAAUCAGACUGUAAAUGAACUUCGUGGAGCUUUAGAAGAUGUAAUACCUUCAUACCAAAAUAUUAUAAAUAUAAUUCAGAAAGAUCUUGUAGAACCAUUGCUUCCUAGCAAUACCACGGAAAAUUCUACUCAAACAAGAUCUGUAAAUGAUCAACCAAGAGACGAUCCAUUAAGAGCUGAUCCAUUAAGGGUAGAGUCAAGACGUCCCCCGUCCUCAUCAUAUCUAUGGAAUCCGGAAACUGAUCCCACAAGGGUGGGAGCUGCAGAUUUAAAUCCAUUGGGACGCGGUGGCGGUAUGAUUUUUGAUCCAUUUUCUUCGCAACGUAAUCGCAUGGAUCCGAUUAGACCCGGCUUAGGAGUUCCUGGUAGAUUACCAUCAGGCGCAGUUCCACCAUUUGCAAGAUUCGAUCCUUUUGGUCCACCAGACAUUGAUCGACCAAGACCACGUCACGAUCCAGACAGUGAUCACCUACCUCCCCCAGGAUACGACGACAUGUUUAUGUAAAACAAGAGAACAAAACUUGGCCAAUAAAGAAAGUAUAUACGGACUUACGGCGUGGUUUUGUACGUUAUUACUAUAGAGUCGCGAGAUAUUUAUAAUUUUGUAAAAAAAAAGAAGAAAAAAAGAAAAUA